AUGCUAGCUGUAGUGUUCGCAAGUAAGCGAGCGCCCGCAGCGGUGACGUCACGCCAGCUGUGCCGCCAGGUGGGGAUGCUGUGUGCGGCGGGCUCGUCUCGUAUUGAUCGCGCUGCGGGCUCGCGGCCCGGCGGCCUCACUGGAUCGGCGGGCCGGGUCAUCCUAGGUCAAGGAACCUAUCCCAGCCAGGAUGGGGAAUCCUCUGAGUCGACCACCGGGGAGGUGGGUGGCAGUGAUGCCGGGAUGGUGAAUGACGCACUUGACUACAUGAAUUCUUUGAAUGAUUCUGACAUCACUGACAAUUCCGAUGAAGAAUACGACUUGUGUCAGUUACCUCCAGAAGAAAAUGAACGAUUGACGGAUAAUGAAGACAUUGAUGAUAACAAUUUGGGAGAAGUGGAGCCGACUGACGUAUGUGGACAAGUUGCAGACGAGCCUGGAUCUGUCAGUGUGAUACGCGUGUCGUGGCACUGUCGGCGGGCUGUGCCAGAGGAGCGAGUGAGCAGCGACAUGGCGGGCACGUGGGUGCGCACAGCGGUGCUGCUGAGCUGCCUCGUCGCGGGCCGGCGCGCCGGCGACGCCUCGUACGACUACGAGGGCCCGCCGCUGGCGCCGCUGUACGACGCGGGCUUCGACCUGAGCUCGGGGGCCUGCGCGGCCCGCGACCCGCGCCUGCUCGUGGUCGUGCACUCGGAGCGGUCGCGGCGCGAGGCGCGCGACGCGGUGCGCCUCACCUGGGGCACGGCGUCCCUGGCCCGCGACGUGGCGCUGGUGUUCCUCGUGGGGCGCGCGCGCGACCACGCGUCGUCGCACGACGUGGCCGCGGAGGCGCAGCUGUACGGCGACGUGGUCGCCUCGCGGAACGUGGAUUCCUUCGACAACCUGACGCUGAAGGCGGUCGCCACGGCCGAGUGGGUGGCGCGCGAGUGUCCGCGCGCGCGCUUCGUGCUCAAGGUGGACGACGACGUGUUCCUCAACGUGCCGCGGCUGCUGCGGCUGCUGGAGCUGCCCCGAGUCAGCUCCGCCUCGCGCGCCAUGUUUGGCCAGCUCAUGGAGGACAACAAGCCCAUCCGACACCCGGACAGCAAGUUCUUCGUCCCCGAGGUGGCUUUCCCUAGCGGCCGCUACCCGCCCUAUCUGCAGGGCGGAGCCUUCAUCUUCACCGGCGACCUGGCGAGCGACCUGCACGCCGCCGCGCUCGCCUCGGCCUUCUUCAGGGUCGAGGACCUGUUCUUCACGGCCUUCCUGGCGCGCCGCGUGCGCGCGGGCGUCACGCACGUGGAGGGCUUCCUCGCCGAGAAGUGGUGGCGCGGCGGCGAGUGGCGGCAGCACGAGUACGUGUGCGACCUGCAGCGGCGAGUAGCCGUGCACCCCGCCGACUACCAGGCUAUGUUCGAGAUGUGGGUCAUGGCCUUCAGGCAGGUCGCGUGCUAGCCGGCCGCCUCCCG